AUGGACACCUCCCCCGACACCCCCCAAGAUGUCGCCAUGUCCUUUGACCUCGACUCCCACCUCAACGUCAACGGCCCCAUGCCUCAGUACGUUCGUAGCUCGCCUUCUUCCACGCCCACUCAUUCCUAUGACACCAGAAGCCUCCCAGACUACAAAGAGCCUGGAUACGACUAUGUUGCGGGUUUCGGCUUUCGUCGGACCCCAUCCCCAGGCUCAGGCCACGACCAUCUCGUCCCUUCGCCUACACAGCGCCGUACAUGGGAGGUCAACACCGAUAUGCGCAUGCAAAUUCUCUCUGAGCGACAGGAUCGCAUCGAAAGCCGCCAGUCUGGCUCUGAAGCCAUGCAGGAAUCGCUGGACGACCGUAUGGACAUGGUCUCGGAGCGCCAGGACGUCGAUUCCAUGCGCAUCAGCAGCAUCCGCAAAGACCUCGAAGAAAUCCAGGAUGCGCUACGUAACGGGUUUCGCGGGACCUGGACGAGCGACCAUCCCGCAUUCUGCCGACCGAAACGCGGUGGUCGUCCUACAGGGCUGGCAAAGAAAGCAUGCGCUCAUCUCCCGCCGAGCGCGAAGGGAAGCUGCAACAAGUACAAGCAUUCGCGGGAUGACAAAAAUGAAGAUGAGGGCGACGCGGUUCCGUGUCCUAAGCGCCGCAAGCCGUCGCCUUCAGCUGGAACCAGACCUGUCGUCCCCCCUCCUGGCGAUCAUUUCAGCGAUAGCGACACGGAGAUGAUGGAAAGUGAAGAUAUCAGCGUCAUCGAGUGUGCAACGGUUUAUGCUAUGGCAAAGUCCGCUAGGCCUGCUACAAAGGGUGAAGCGAAGGGCAAAAAGGCGGCCCCCAAGGCUCCAGCUCCAGCUCCCGCGCCUGCUCCUGCCCAAAACAACCCACAACCUCCCCGGCACACUCAUCCUCGUUACGGACUUAGGAACCUCAACCAAAUGCAGAAGGAUAGGGAGAGGAGAGAGGCAGCGAAGCGGGCUGCGGACGCGGCGCGACGACAAGAGGCGCACGAUAAGAGAGUAGCCGCGAAGAGGAAGAGAGAGGCGGCGGCGAGGACGAAGAGAGCGGCAAACAGGGCUGCGAGGAGGGAGAAUGGUGGAUCUCAGCUGGCUCCUCCUCCACAGCAAGAUCAGCAGCAGAAUCAGGGACAAAAUCAGGAACAAGAUCAGGAACAGCAAGACGACGGCCAACAGCAAGUUGAUGGUCAGCAGGAUGACGAACAGCAAGAUGACGGCCUGCAAAACCAGCAGCAGCAAGACUCGGAUCAAGAAAAUGAGAAGGACAAUGAGCAACCGGAUGAGCGACAGGAUGAGCAGCCGGACGAAAUGAAUCAGCAAGACAACCAGGCGGAGCAAGGUGGAGAGGUACAGGAACAGCAAGAUGAAGAACCACAACAAGGAGGGGAUUCGAACACGAGCGACGAUUCACGGGCCGGCAAGAAAGGGGGUCAGAGGGAACAGACCGAUCUCCAGCAAGACAAAGUCGAGGAAGAGAAAGAUGAGGGGUUACAACAAGAGGAGGCUCAGAACACAAGUAACAAAAGCGAUGAUUCAGUCGAUGAACAAGUAGAGGACGACGCUGGAGGGGGAACAAUCAUCCUUCAUCAAAACGUCAGGGAGGACGAAGAGUGGAGGAUGACUACAAGGGCUACCAUACCAAGCUGA